AUGGGCUCCCUGUGUACUGCUUUGACAACAGCGCUGGAGGUGUAUCGUGGGAAAUGUGUAAUGGCGGACGGGUUUGAAGUUAAAACCAUUGCAUGUUUUUCUCGCGUUCGUCUCUUCUCUCGUUGUCUAAUACGUUCAAUCUUAACUAAAAAGGAAAAGGAAAUAUUGUUUGUCACAAAAGGUGACAGAUUUUUAUAUGUUAUCGAAAAUGGCAGGCAUUCGAACACCUAUUUGUUCCCUUCAGACGUUAUUUACUUUGAAGUUUUUGGUCAGAGUAUCACAGCUGUAACAGAUGAUGGCAGAGUAUGGAGAACUGCUAUUACUAAACAGAAAAUCAAAAAGAAUAAACAUGGGAGUAAUCAAGAGUCAGGCUCUGCAUCAAGCCAAGCCAUCUUCACAGAACUCCUUUCUAAAGAAAGAAAAAACUGUAAUCAAGUUUUUAACACAGAGUCUUCAGUUGACAUAACUGAAAUAUUAGCUUCACAAGCAAUCCUUCUUGAACCAAAGAUUCUAGCUAUAUUCACUUUGGAAGAUUGUUUAAUUUCGUUUGGUGUGAAUGACUUUGGGUGUUUCAUUUCACACUAUGCUUCAUCAAAACAAGAGAAUAAUACUGUCUCCUACAAUCAGACAGCUUUUAAAGUUUCCUUGAACUCUCCAGCACAUUUGCAUAAAGACAAGCUAUGGCCAAUCCCAUUACUCUGUUACAGCAAAAAGACAGACAAUGACUUGCCUUCCAACAUCUUAGAAAGAAAACUAUUCAAUUUGUUAGUGCCUAGAGGAGGAUUUGAUGAAUUGAAAACAACUGCCAUUAACUGUCUCUUAUUAUUAGGAACUCCUGAUGGACAAGUAUUGACUUGUGAUCUUGACCAAACUGGUAGUGAGACGAUAGGAAAGUCUAGUUUUAAACUUCUAUAUCAUUUGGAACAAAGUGUUGUUGGACUCCAUUUGAUUCAAUUACCUCAGCUUCAUACAAGCAGCAGAAGUACCAAGAAUGAGUUCAUGUCUGUGAAUGAAAAAAACCCAGUUUAUAAUGUAGUGGUCAUGAUUGGAAGCAAGGGGAAGUGUGUAUUGGCCUACCAGGUUGAUGAAACUUGUAGUUUUUCUAAACACAACCUUGCUGGCCCUAUUUAUUGCUCAAAUGUCAAGUCUUCAAAAGACUCUACUCGUAUCAUUCAUUCCAAUGGACGAGAAGUUUGCAUUAGUACACUGUCUGUAAACAAGCACAAAACAUCUGAAAAGGAUGAUGUUAGCAUUGUUCUGUCAAGUAUUUUUAUUUGCAUACCAGACAUUUGCUGUGUCUAUUGUCUUCACCCAAAUGUCCAGGAUGCUAAUAGUACGUCAACAUCUAUUAAAGCUGUUGCUAUGACAACCAAGGGUAAACUAUUAGGAAUCAGUUUACCUGGACAUGAUAGUACAUUUUCUUUUACACAACAACCAGGCCUUCAACUGAGAGAAUUGCUUGUUAGAAUAGAAAAUGUUGCACUACAAACAAAUGUGUUGGAACAGGAUUUAGAAUCCAUUGACAAAGUAUUGGAGCAACUAAAUUAUGCAGCUACAUUGAUGACUAAAGCAACCAGUCCUACUGGUAACAGUACGAUGGGUAAUAAUCUGUCAAAUCAGUGGAUUUGUUGGAAUGUAGUACCUAUACUUGCUUCAGAAGAUAGUAUCUUAACAAAUAGGUUAUCAUUUUCUCUGAAAUUAGGACUGAUUAACCAAAGUAGUAUUUCUUUAUCUAGCCAAUGGUCUGUUUUGAUAUCAGUUCAGAACAAAAACUCUGUCCUUUCAUAUGCAGUAGCUUUGGAGUCCCUAACUCCACAAUCAACAAGAGAAUUUGUAAUAACUCUGCCUGAUUCAGUAGAUCCAAGACACUGCAUAGUAGUAGAGACAUUCCUGUGCUAUGACCUUAGUUCAUUGCCAUCAACAUUACCAAGUGAAGUGCAACCUUGCCUGAAUGUGGACAACAACAGUCUAGUGAUUUCAUUGGGGGAAAAUGUGAUUGAUAUCCUGAGUCUUGCUAGAAUUUUGUUUGACUUUUUGAGCCAUGAUGUUUGCAAAUUUACUGUAGCAAAUCAAGGUUUAUAUCUGGAACAUUUACAAUCAUCCUGCAAAGACGACAAGAGUAUUUCUUUAAAACAACACACCGUGGAUGAUGAGUUAUGUGCAAUAGUAAUCCCAGUUUCUAAGACAUUUUUACAUAGCAUUUCAAGUAUAGGAUCCAAAGACAAUAUGGAGGAAAAAGUGCUUCAUUUAUUGUUGGGAGAUUUAAAUGAUAAAAGUUUCUCCAAAAAAGAUGUGAGAACAAGCACUCGAACAAGCAAGGCCAACUGUUGCAGUAUGACUGUAAUGGUGACAGCUAGUACGUCUGACGAAGAACCACAUGAUGGGGUGAAUAUUGUAUUAAAAGCAUCGGCAAAGAUUGGACUGCUGAUGCUGCUGGAAGCUGUGAUUGCAAGGCUAAAGUUCCUUUCGAAAACCAAUGAAGUUACAGUUAGAGCUGAUGAUUUACAGAGAAUCCUCAAAGCAGUACAGGAGCUCAAUUCCAAGUAUGACUAGUUCAAUAUUUAAUUAACUUUUCAUAUGUAAGGUAGAAUAUUAAUUAUUAGAUAAAAACAAAACAAAGAAAAACUGAAGCUAAGAAAGGUGUUUUGCUAAUUUACAUAAUACGCGACAUACGAAGAUUAGCACGUUUUUUCAACAGUUUUGAAAUUAGGUUGAAAACGAGAAUUAGCCACCUUGUUUGGUUUUCAAAACCGAUACUCGUGGUCUAUCACUAAUACAGUUACAGUUUACCCUGCUGAUCUGAGAGAAAAUGUUAGCCAAUCAAAAUCGAGGAUAUUUGAAAAACUGAGGUGUCACUUUUCCUCUAGUCUCCCUCGCAUCCGUUUUUAGUGUCGGUCGUCACGCAACGCUCCCUCCCCAACCGACACUAAAAACGGAUGCGAGAGAGACUACUUUUCCUCAUGAAAUGAUGGGUUUCCAGGCCACCAAAUGAAAAACAACUUUGCUAAUAAUAUUAGAGGUUGAUAACACAAAAACUAAAGAGUUUUAUAUUUUUAUUUCAAUGAUGGACAGGUUUUUAUUUUUGCUGGUCAAUUUUCACAGGCUUCAUGACACUUUGCAUAUUUAUA